GAAUUGAAAUAUUACGGUUUCGCCACCGAAUAAAAUCGACCCGCUUUAUUUUCUUCUCUCUCUCCGACAUCGAAUUCUAGAGAGAGAAACGCCUCUUCUUCCCUUCAAUCAAAUUACCUCUUCAACAAUGGCGGGUUUUAGGGUUUCUGGGGUUUUGUGAUCGACGAAUUUGUUAGAAUCUCGAUGGAAAUGCCCGGUAGGAGAUCGAACUACUCACUUUUAAGCCAAGUCGACGAUGAGCAGUUCGCCGCCGGGGUUGGUGGUGCGACCGGGACAUCGUUUUACGAGUCGACUUCGGCAUCGGGAGAGGGAAAGAAUAACAAAGGAAGGGUCGAAAGGGGCUUCGAUUGGGAGACUGGAGCUGAUCACAGAGGGAAUCAGCAGGUGAAUCGGAUCGGGAACGUGUAUUCGUCAUCGAUCGGUUUGCAAAGGCAGUCGAGUGGAAGUAGCUAUGGUGAAAGCUCGCUUUCGGGUGAGUACUACCCGCCGACGAUGUCCACUGCUGCGGUCAAUGAGAUCGACGCGAUGGGGUAUUUGCAUGAUGAUGUUUUUAAGAUUAGUGGUGGAGGUGGAAGUGAGUUCGGUGGGAAGGGAUUGGACGGUGUUGGGGGCACCGGAGGAUCGUCUUCGGGGAAGAGCUGGGCUCAGCAGACGGAAGAGAGUUAUCAGUUGCAGCUAGCUUUGGCGCUUCGGCUGUCAUCUGAUGCGACUUGUGCCGAUGAUCCCAAUUUCUUGGAUCCAGUGCCCGAUGAAUCCGCUUUAAGGGCCUCAUCUCCGAUUUCAGUUGAAGCUAUUUCACAUAGGUUUUGGGUGAAUGGAUGCCUCUCAUACUUUGACAAAGUUCCAGAUGGAUUUUACUCAAUCCUUGGAAUGGAUCCUUAUGUGUGGACUAUGUGUACUGAUCUGCAAGAGAAUGGUCGUAUACCCUCCCUUGAAUUACUAAAGUCUGUUGAUUCUAGGCUUGGCUCUUCAAUUGAAGCAAUUCUUGUUGAUAGGCGUAGUGAUCCCAGCCUGAAGGAACUGCAUAAUAGAGUUCUUGGCAUUUCUAGUAGCUGCGUAACCACAAAAGAGGUUGUAGAUCAGCUUGCAAAGCUUGUACAUAGCCGCAUGGGGGGUUCAGCGUCUGUAGGAGAAGAUGACUUGGUUUCAGCCUGGAGGGAGGGUAGUGAGGACCUGAAAGAGUGCCUAGGCUCUGUUGUUGUUCCAAUAGGCACUCUAUCCAUCGGCCUGUGUAGGCAUCGUGCUCUGCUGUUCAAAGUUUUAGCUGACAUAAUUGAUUUACCAUGUCGAAUAGCCAAGGGGUGUAAGUAUUGUCGAAGAGAUGAUGCUUCCUCAUGUCUUGUCCGCUUUGGGCUUGAUAAGGAGUAUUUAAUAGAUUUGAUCGGGAAUCCAGGUUUCCUAUGUGAGCCUGAUUCCUUGCUCAAUGGUCCGUCAUCCAUUUCAAUUUCUUCACCAUUGCGCUUUCCACGACUGAAACCAGUUGAAACAAUCAUUGAUUUCAGAGCACUUGCCAAACAGUACUUCUCAGAUUGUCAGUCACUUAAUCUUGCAUUUGAUGAAGUCUCCUCGGGACCUACAACUGAUGAAGAAAACAAUCGAUUUCCCAUGUAUCUCAAACCUUAUGAUAGGAAUAGUCCAGAUGUUAAGAGCUUUUUACCUAUUCCUGGUCACAUUGAUGAAACAGUUCGGCCUAGCAAAGUUGGUCAACCUGGUGUUCAAGAUAGUCCUGCCCAAAAUAUUAUACAGUCAAGAAUCAAAGAUCCAUCUGUUGGGCAUGGAGAAGGAGGUCAACUGAUUCCCAGUAAGGGUGGUCAACUGAUUCCCAGUAAGGGUGGUCAACUUAUUCCCAAUAAGCCUAGUAACAAAUAUAACCUUGAUAUAGAAGAUUUGGACAUUCCAUGGAGUGAGCUGGUAAUAAAAGAAAAGAUCGGAGCAGGUUCUUUUGGCACUGUUCAUCGUGCUGAUUGGCAUGGCUCGGAUGUUGCUGUUAAAAUUCUUAUGGAGCAAGACUUUCAUCCGGAACGCUUCAAUGAAUUUUUGAGGGAGGUUGCAAUAAUGAAACAUCUGCGACAUCCAAAUAUUGUUCUCUUUAUGGGAGCAGUGACACAGCCACCGAACUUGUCCAUAGUCACAGAAUAUUUAUCAAGAGGUAGCUUAUAUAGGCUUUUGCAUAAAUCUGGUGCAAGAGAGGUAUUGGAUGAGAGGCGUCGGUUGAGUAUGGCUUAUGAUGUGGCAAAGGGAAUGAAUUAUCUUCAUAGGCGUAAUCCACCAAUUGUUCAUCGAGAUUUAAAAUCUCCAAAUCUUCUGGUUGACAAGAAAUAUACUGUGAAGGUUUGUGAUUUUGGUCUUUCACGUCUAAAGGCAAAUACAUUUCUUUCAUCAAAAUCAGCUGCUGGGACUCCUGAGUGGAUGGCACCAGAAGUUCUCCGUGAUGAGCCAUCAAAUGAGAAGUCGGAUGUUUACAGCUUUGGUAUAAUAUUGUGGGAACUUGCCACUUUGCAACAACCAUGGACUAAUUUAAAUGCAGCACAGGUUGUGGCGGCUGUUGGUUUUAGAGGCAAAAGGCUUGAGAUUCCUCGUGAUUUGAAACCUCAAAUUGCUUCUUUAAUUGAAGCAUGCUGGGCCAAUGAGCCAUGGAAACGACCUUCAUUUGCCAGUAUCAUGGACUCUUUGAGGCCAUUGAUUAAACCUCCUACGCCUCAACCCGGCCAUCCAGAUUUGCAAUUACUAACCUGAAUGUUGGAACAUUCAAAAAGUCUUAUUUAUGCACAUAGUACAGCAUUUAAUGACAGGCAGGUGUCGUGCUGUUCAGAUAGUUCUCUCAGGUACGGCACUCUUAAAACCUCACUCGUAUUUGUUUGCAUAUCUUUCUUUUUUUUCCUUUUUCUAAAACUGCUGUCUAAUUGGAAAUAGUGGAAUCAUGUAUAGAAAAAUGGCUUGUAGACUCGAACUCGGCCCUAAAAAUACUUCAAUUCUUUUACCCCACUGUAGGUUCAAAUACUUAGUAACUGAGUGCUUUCUUUCUUUGUAAUUUGUAAAAUGGUAUCGUUUUCGGGUAGCUAUUCUACUGAAUGUGCCUGUAACCUUGAUUAGUAUCGAGUAUAGUAGUAAAGGAUUUUGUUAGUGUCAUUGUUUUUUUCUUUUUCUUUUUCUUUUUCCACUCCAAAGAAACUUAGCUUUGUGUAACACAACUAAUUGUUUCAAUUGGUGUUACAACUCUGCUGAUCGCUUUUGUCAUAUGUAUAUACAUAAAUAUAUAUAUAUAUAUUUUUGAGUUGCAGGAUGGUUGUUCUACUACACAUUUCUGUUACUAAUUACAAAUUUAGAAUACUGAUUCUUUUCACAAGGAACCACUGUAAGUGCCGAUAAGGUCUGCAUUACAAUUUACUUGCUCCCCCCAGAAAGAAAGUAUAGUUUGCCCCCAUAAGCCUUUUUGUCAAAGCCAAUCCAUCCCAUAACUCCCAUUCCAUUCCCAGAGAAAGUUGUAAAAUUUAUUUAUUUUUAUUUUGUAAUUUUGUAUGUAAAGAGUGACUAGAAGAAUGAGCUAAUGAGAAGCAGCUUUUGCGGCAUUUAACACCCA